CAAAAAUUAGUUCAACUAUUUUUCUAAACUAAAACUAUUUGGUACUAAGUUUUAGAAUUAUUUUUUAAUAAUUAAAACAAUACUAACUCUUACAAUUGCCAAAUACUAUCCAAAUUAUUACAUAAUUUAACAAGUAGGUGGUGCGUUAUCCUUCUUUAUUCAAAUCAAUGCUACAAAAUUACUUGCGGCAUAAAUGGUUAUAAUGUUGCUUAAACAUCGCUUACUUUUAUCAAAAAUUCGGAUUAAUAAGAAAUAUAGAAAACAAUUUUCGACCCAAACGAAUGUUGCUGAAAUUGAAGUUCCGUUUUCUAAUGGAACACAACUCAAACUAUCAUCGGGUCGCUAUGCAAGAUUUGCAGAUGGAGCAUGUGUUGCAACACUGGGGAACACUAGUGUUCUUUCCACAGUUGUAUCAAAAGCUAAACAAAGCUCUGCAUCAUUUCUGCCCCUUGUAGUUGACUAUAGACAGAAGGCUGCAGCAGCUGGCCGUAUACCAACUAACUUUUUAAGAAAAGAAUUAGGUCCAACAGAACGUGAAAUUUUGACCUCACGAUUGAUAGACAGGUCUCUGAGACCACUUUUCCCUCAAAAUUACUACUAUGAUACACAAAUAGUAUGUAAUAUGUUAGCAGUGGAUGGAACAAAUUUGCCAGAAACAACAGCAAUCAAUGCAGCAAGUGCUGCCCUGGCAUUGUCAGAUGUACCUUGGAGUGGACCAGUGGGUGCUGUUAGACUAGGACAAAUAGACAAUGAAAUAAUUGUUAAUCCAACUAGACGGGAAUUAGAACAGUCCAGUUUGAAUCUGGUGGUGACAGCGGCUGCCACCAAUCUGGUUGUUAUGUUGGAAGGCAAUGCUAAGGAUAUUUUACAGCAGGAUCUUCUCAAAGCCAUCAAAUUAGGUACAAAAGAAGUUCAACAUAUAGUGCGAAGUAUAGAAAAAUUACAGAAGGAUCAUGGAAAGACAAAACGUGAAUUUGAAGUCCCAAAUCAAAUAAACCAGAGCGUAAUUGACUCAAUAAAGACUCUGUCUAAUAUGAAAAUUAGGGAAAUAUUGAGCGAUUUUAGCCACGACAAAAUAUCCCGCGACAACGCAGUAUCAGAUCUACGACAAAUAGUUUUGAACCAACUCCGGGACACUGAGGUGGAUGUUGGCAAACUCCAAGAAUGUUUUAAUAGCAAUUUGAAGCAGAUAUUUAGGGAUCUUAUUUUCGAGACUGAAGUACGUUGCGAUGGAAGGACGUUCGAUGAAUUGAGGAAUAUUUCUUGUGAGGUAUCCCUGUACGAGCCUUUGCACGGCAGUGCGUUAUUCCAACGUGGUCAGACGCAAGUGUUAUGUACUGUUGCAUUUGAUUCCCCAGAAAGUGCUUUAAAAAUGGACCCACUCACAAUGAUCACUAGUGGUAUUAAAGAAAAGAGUUUCUUCCUUCACUACGAGUUUCCGUCAUACGCAACGGGUGAGGUUGGGCGUACCGGUCCAGCGGGAAGACGAGAAAUGGGGCACGGGGCGCUCGCAGAGCGGGGCCUAUUACCGGUUGUGCCCCAGCAUCCUUGUACCGUGAGGCUUACGGCUGAAGUACUUGAAUCAAAUGGUUCCUCGUCAAUGGCGUCUGUGUGUGCUGGUUCACUCGCUCUUUUAGAUGCAGGUGUAGAACUGCUCUCACCAGCCGCAGGUGUGGCUAUAGGCCUCGUUUCAAAGCCAGACGAAAAAGGGAACAUCGGGGAUUAUAGGAUACUCACUGAUUUGUUAGGUAUAGAAGAUUAUAUGGGUGAUAUGGAUUUCAAAGUGGCGGGAACGAAGAAGGGAAUUACCGCUGUGCAAGCGGAUAUCAAGAUAGCAGGACUUCCACUUAAGGUAGUCAUGGAGUCAAUACAAAAGGCUUGCGAUGCCAAAAGCAAAAUUAUCGAUAUUAUGAAUAAGUGCAUUGAUAAGCCGAGUCAAAAAAACAAAGAGAACAUGCCAGUUAUGGAAGAAUUGGAAGUAGAUGCCCACAAGCGAUCUAAAUUACUUGGUAUAGGCGGUAUUAAUCUCAAGAAAUUAUAUGUGGAGACUGGUGUGCAGAUUAGCCCAAUAGACGAGUGCAAAUACAGCGUGUUCGCGCCCUCUCAAGCGGCCAUGGACGAAGCGAGAGUUCGCAUCAACAACUGGGUCAGCGCUGAGAGGACCCCAGAACUUGAGUUUGGGGCUAUUUACACAGCUAAGGUGGUAGAAGUACGUGAAAUCGGCGUACUAGUGACUCUUUAUAGUGGAAUGUCGCCAGCAUUACUUCACAACACUCAGCUAGACCAUAGAAAGAUAAUGCAUCCAUCAGUACUAGGUUUAGACGUAGGUUCAGAAAUUCAAGUGAAAUACUUUGGACGGGAUCCGGUUUCAGGGCAUUUAAGACUAUCCCGGAAAGUUCUAACCUCACCGCCGCCCGGGAUUGUGCGAAAACUUGACAAAAGUUAAUUUGUGGGUAGACGUCUUCUACCCUCAUAAAGUUCCAAUAGAUAUUGGAUAUCCUAUUAUAAAUUGUUUAGUAUUAUUUUCAGCUUUUGGAUUACCAAAACUUUUCUACUGCCCCGAAAUGUGUGAAUCUUGUUUAUGUUAUUUCCGUACUGUACAUAAUUAUUAAAAAUAAAAACAUGUUAUUCGUUUUAAACUUUUAUUGCAAGAAAUAAUCUGUACAAUCUAUGAAAAAAUAUUGUAUCACAAAAGGACGUUAUGUCGAAGGCACUACAGUACAUUUGUCCGAGGGUUCUUAAACUACAAUGUUAUGUAUACAAUUACAAUUCAGUACAAUAAAUAACCCCUAAGACUUACAAGUGAUCAAAAAAUAAGGAAUCAACAAUACUCGACUACCCUCCGUAGUCCAACAAAACUAAAAUCCACAUAAUACUUGCAGUCUUUGAUUUCGUUGUGACUACCAGCAUUAAACAACAUUAAUAUCUAUUUACAAUA